AUGGAGAAGCUCGUGGUCACACCUGCAAUGGAAGAUGCAAUGGCUUUAUCCCCAGACGGAAGCAUAGCAGCAUUUGACCGGCAGCAGUUGGAAUUUGACCAACACAACGGUGACGGCCUGCGACCCGACGAAGAUGAACGGAUAUUUUCGCCCGCCCGCAGUGGUCUGCAGACGGCGAAUGAAUUCCGUUCUCUUCAGACCGCGGUACAGACUGCCUGGGACAUGACUUUGGCGUGGGCUGGGAGCAUAGUCAAGAGCUUUCGAUCUAUGCCAUCCGACCCAAUGGCACCGACUCCCGAAAAGGUUGCUUCCAAAGUUGGGUAUUUUCUCGGCACACCCAAGUGUUCACCAGAUGGCAAGCGGACUUUCUUCUAUGAGACCACGCGGGAAGGAACCUGGGAGGCCCGUGAGACUGCUGAAGUAGAGGAGGCUGCUGACGGAUAGUAAGUGGGAGGACUCGAUGCCCAUCUAUCUUCCCAACGAGCUGCCUAGAGUGAGUCUAGGCCACCGGAUAUUUAGAACUACCUUCGGAUAUUUGAAGCAAGCUUUGGUCAUUGAAAACAAGAUGCGGGUAUUUCUUCGGAUAUUUUCGGAUAUAUGAAGUAAGAAGGGAAUUACUCUCCUCUGUCCAAAGUUG